CGUUAUCGUGGCGGUUCGCACUUUAGAAUCUUACAUCGGAGUUUGAAUUGAGUUUCAGGCUGUGAACUAGUUGAAAAUAUCGCGCAAAAAUGCCACGUUUUGCUUUAGAAACUAAUGUUCCAUUGAAGGAAAUUCCAGAGGAUUUUCUAAGUACAUGCAUUCAAACAAUCGCAAAAAUGACCAACAAACCGGAAAUGUUCAUCGUAGCUUAUGUUCAACCGAAUCAAGACAUGUACUUUGGUAAUUCAGAUGGUCCUUGUGGAAUAGCCAAUAUUUCAUCUAUCGGUUACCUUGGAGUGGAAGAUAAUAAAAAAUUCUGUAAUACAUUCUACAAAUUAAUCGAAGAAUACGUUGGAAUUCCAAGAUCAAGGCUUUGGUUGACAUUUACCGAAAAUUUACCAGAAUAUGUUACCUUCAAAGGGAGAUCUUUUUAUCAUAUUAGCAUGUGUCGUGCUCCAGGUGAAAAAGUCAUUCACGAUCCCGAUGAAUAAACUAGAGACCUACAUAACUACGAGUAUACUACACCGAAUACAGCGAUAAUUCUAAAUUUUAUAAAUGCAGCUUUUAAAUUAUUGUAUAAUGUAUAUUUUAUUCCACGUUAAAAAAAAAUUAUGGAAGAUUCAAUUACCUACUCAAAAAUACCAAUAAAUAAACUAGAGCUUAUUUCCGGA